GUGGCGUGACCCGCAUGACCGUGUCGCUGGUGGUCAUCAUGUUUGAGCUCACUGGUGGGCUGGAGUACAUCGUUCCCCUGAUGGCAGCGGCCAUGACCAGCAAGUGGGUGGCCGACGCCAUCGGGCGGGAAGGCAUUUACGACGCCCACAUUCGCCUCAACGGGUACCCCUUCCUGGAGGCCAAGGAGGAGUUCUCGCACAAGACGCUCGCGAUGGACGUCAUGAGGCCACGGCGGAGCGACCCUCCUCUCACCGUCAUCACUCAGGACAGCAUGACCGUGGAAGACGUGGAGACCAUCAUCAACGAAACCACGUACAGCGGCUACCCGGUGGUGGUGUCCCGCGAAUCCCAACGGCUCGUCGGGUUUGUCCUCAGGAGAGACCUCAUCAUUUCAAUCGAAAACGCCCGGAAGAAGCAGGACGGGAUCGUGAGCACUUCAAUUAUUUAUUUCACUGACCACUCGCCUCCGCUGCCUCCGAGCUCCCCCUCCAUGCUGAAACUCAGGAGCAUCCUGGACCUCAGUCCUUUCACGGUGACGGACCAAACCCCCAUGGAAAUCGUCGUGGACAUAUUCCGCAAGCUGGGGCUGCGCCAGUGCCUGGUUACUCACAACGGGAAGCUGCUGGGGAUCAUUACCAAAAAGGACGUACUAAAGCACAUUGCACAGCUGGCUAACCAGGACCCAGACUCUAUACUCUUCAAUUAAAGGCAGACCAGCAGGUAUCGUGUGUUCCACACAACAGAAACUCCACGGAAGAUCCUGGAUGUACUUCCCUAUUUUUAUUGAGACCACGGAACUGUUUUCAGCGUUUCCUUCCACGGAGCUGAAGAAGAUAAUUUUUUUUUUCUACCAGAUAACCAAUUGCACUACAUAAUCUGUGGAACGUAAAUCUUCUUUUUAGAAGAAGGAAGAAGAAAAGAAAGACUUCAUUUACGUUGCUUUUGUGAAGUUGCAUUGGAGAGAUUCCAUGAAGGAGUAAAAGCAGAAUGCUAGAG